AGUAGGGGAAAUGAAGGACGAAGAAGGAAGUCCCACAUGUUCUGUCCAGUCAUCAGAUGCUUUUGCUGAUAUAAGCUCUACGAUCACAAGUGAGCCUGUUGGCCCAUUCUUACCUUCCCCAGCCAAGGUGACAGUCAAAUACUCAGAUGACAGUGCAGCUGCUGGGGUUGGAGAGACGCACACCGAAAUCAUGACAUCCAUCACCAGGACCGAGCUGACCGCAGAUGUGCCCAACUUGCCCGAGAAGAUCACUAUUUUGUCUUCUGGUGUGUCAUCUUCUUCUGAAGAUACGGUUAGACUAAAGUCUGGAAAAAUUCAUAUCGUCACAUCAAAGAUACAAGCUACUCCAGAAUCCCAGCAUGCCAUGAUACCAUCUGCUGUCCAGGUCCAAUCGUCUGAAGGCCUUGCAUUACAGGUGGACGACGCUCCAUCGUGGACCAUCCAAGAUGCUCAAAGUGCCACGAGAACAGUGUUUGAGAAACACUUGAUUCAAGAGACAUCAACUGAAAGAAGUGAGAGCAAAGAGACCCUGGUUAUAACAAAACAAAUCACCCUGAUAUCUGGCACCACGGAGCCCAUCUCCGGGGAGACAGCGUCAUCUAUUCAACGGCUUAAAGACUCUGUGCACUCUGAGAAAAUGAGGUUCUUUGAUGAGGCUGAGAAGUGAGAGAAACAUUUGAAUUGUGCCUAAAGAUCCUUGUUCUCCAUCACAAAAGAAUGGCUUAGCAUUUCACCACCUGAAGUUUAAAACAAAAACCUCCGGGCAACUGGAUGAGGGACCAAUGAAUCAUACAAGUCACAGAUAGUUAUUUGUUGGCAUCCAGGUAUCACCAUGACAAUGUGAUGUCGAGUUGCAUGUUAAUUGAUCUAUAUAGAAAUGUAUUGCAAUAGCAAAGUGCGACUAUUCUAUUUAUAACGCUGUCAAGCUGUUAAUAAGCUGGUUAAAUGAUUCUCUUCAUUACAUAAUAUGUCUUUGCUUUAUGAGAGAGAACGUUUGAUUUCUGCUAGCAUACACGUUGCCUUGCAAAAGUAUUGAUAUCCCAUACAUUUUCAUAUUUGUUACAUUUCAUCACAGUACAACUGCAGCUUUCAAUGUGUUUCAUGGGGUUUUUAUGAGAUGGGCCGAUACAAAGUAGCACAGAGUUAUAAAGUGGAAGAAAAAUGAUAAACGGGUUUCAAAUUGACAAAGAAAUAUUAAGAAAUACAAAUCUGCAAAGUGUGACGUGUAUGUCACAACUGCAUAAGAAAAGUACCCCCACAGCAUGAUUCUGCUGAGUGCCUAACAUUGGUUUUAAUAGAUGUUUUUUUAGCGUGUUCAUGGUGAUGUGUAGUAUUGGUUUUCCUCCACAAAAGUUGUUUAGUUCAAAUCAUAUCAGCCAAAA